AUGUCUAAAAUGAAAAAGCCUUGGACGUUUGAGGAGCAAACAGAAUACAUCGUCAGUGCUCUACUCAAAGACUUGUUGACCCCAACAUCCCAGGCUACUAACAGGAACCUACUGGCCACAGAGGAACCAUGUUCAGGAGAGGAUAGCUCUUUUGAUGUGGCUAUCAUUGCUGGCCGCCUUCGAAAGCUUGGUGACGAGUUCAAUGGAGAGGUGGAAGCUUCUGCCAAUAAAGUCAUUGCGGAAACCAUUCGAGGACAGGCAGGAACUAUACUCAAGGACACAGUACAGUCUCUCAGCACAACCUGGUGUACUCAGGAUCCUACCUUAGCUUUUGAAAGAGCCUUUUUGGCAGUGUCAGUAAAACUUCUUCAAUAUGUGGCCCAUAAGGCUCCUGAAAUGGCAACACAAGUGGCUACCUGCAUGACAAGCAUGAUCAACGGGAACAUGGCCAUCCGAGGGUUUAUCCAGGACCAGGGAGGAUGGGAAAACCUGGAGAGCUGA